CACACAUUCACUAUCAUUAGAAUAUUCGUAGCUCGUGAGAGCACUUCGCAACAUACUCUGGUCCACUAUCCAUAUACAAUACAUUAUUCUUCCGGCCCUCACGUACACAUACAAGUAAUUGGAGAUCGCACGAGUGAUCAAAGAUUACACUGACUAUCGGCCACCAGGGCAUCGCCCUGGAGUUCUUUGGCAAUGUCUGACUUUACAAUGGAGCCUCUUCAAUCUAGCGAUAGAACCGUAUCAAAACUAUCCCAGGAGACACAACCGUCGUCACCUCGAAGUUCCGAGGGAUCAAAUCCAGCCAGACGUAGACGAGACGACUUUGCGAAUUCACUCCACAUCCGAGCAUCGAUACUCGGUCUAUUCUGCUACUGCUACAACUACCAAGAUGACGACAGGAAAAUAUGGGAGAAGCUAUGGGACAAGAAUGCGCUCAUGGUCUACAGCUGCGAACUAGCAGCGCGAGAAAUCGACCCUUCCGAUAGACCUGGAAGAGACAUCAUCUUGUUGAAUAAACCGAAUGUUCCCAUGAUCGUGUUAACGACAGUCAAGGCUGCAUCAAAUAUGACAUUCGAGAAUUGGUGCUUUCGGGACCGGCCGAUGUCGAGGUCUCAGAAUCUCUUCGUAAUGGUGCCAACCAGUCCGGAGACUGCGAAGCUAGCCGCGCUCAGGGAACAGCAAUUUGCAUGGGUCAAGAGUCUAUCAAAAAAUAGACGCGCUAUUAUCUCUGCAUCUUUGGGAAAGGGGCGAGAUGUCGAGGAGAUGAACGAUACGGAAGGGGACAAGACGCUGUGGGAGCGCUUAACAGCACGUAAGCAAUCGGGCACACGAUCACCAUCGACCAAAUCCACAGAGCCACGGAAAUUUCUGUGUUUUCGGUGGUGAUAUCUUGCUCACGAGAUGCACUAGGAUAUGCAAAGUAUUAACGCAUUGUUACCUCGCGCGAGUUUUUUAGAGGAGUCGUGGG